UCUCUCUCUCUCUCUCUCUCUCUCUCUCUCUCUCUCUCUCUCUCUCUCUCUCUCUCUCUCUCUCUCUCUCUCUCUCUCUCUCUCUCUCCACAGAACUGAGUGACCCCCGUGCACUGGUGGUUCUCCACAAUGACGUCGUUGUUGUGGACCUACUCUCCCCCAGCUACCCCUGUUUUGAGAACCCCUAUUGAAGGGAUACACACGAGUCACCUGUCACCUGCUGUGCACACCUGGCUGACUGCCCUGCUGACCUCAACCCUGCCCUCUACUUAGCUGGGGCCAGGGGAGGGGGGCACAGGAAGCAGGGUUUCUCUGAGAAGGAGUGGCCAAUCUCUGGGAGGGAGUGGGACAGCACCUCUUGCCCCUACCCUGAAAUGACCUUGACUGGACAUGUGGAUGGGUCAAUAAAAUUCUGGGAUGCCUCUUCUGUGGGACUCCAGAUUCUUUACAAUUUCAAGACUGCAAACGUAUGGCCUAUUCCAGUUCACUUGAGUCCAUCCCAGCCUCCCCAACUGCAUCCCAGCCACCCCAGUACAUCCCAGCCUCUCCCAGUGCAUCCCAGUCAUCCCUAGUUCAUCCCCAGCCUCUCCCAGUGCAUCUCAGCCACUCUUGGUGCAUCCCAGCCUCUCCCAGUGCAUUUCAGCCUCUCCCAAUCCAUCCCAGCCUCCCUCAGAGCAUCCCAGCCUCCCUCAGUGCAACCCAGCCUCCUUCAGUGCAUCCCAGCCUCUUCCAGUCCAUCCCAACCUCUCCCAGUGCAUCUCAACCACUCUUGGUGCAGCCCAGCCUCUCCCAGUCCAUCCCAGCUUCUCCCAGUGCAUCUCAGCCACUCUUGGUGCAUCCCAGCUUCUCCCAGUGCAUCUCAGCCUCUCCCAAUCCAUCCCAGCCUCCCUCAGUGCAUCUCAGCCUCCUUCAGUGCAUCCCAGCCUCUUCCAGUGCAUCCCAACCUCUCCCAGUGCAUCUCAGCCUCUCCCAGUGCAUCCCAGCCUCUCCUAGUCCAUCUCAGCCUCUCCCAGUGCAUCUCAGCCUCUCUCUGUGCAUCCCAGCCUCUUCCAGUGCAUCCUAGCAUUUCUCAAUGCAUCCCAGCCACCCUUAGUCCAUCCCACCCUCUCCUAGUGCACCUGUCUCUCCCAGUGCAUCCCAUCCUCUCCCAGUGCAUCCCAGCCUUUCUCAGUCCAUCCUAACCUCUCCCAGUGCAUCACAGCCUCUCCCACUGUAUCCCAGCCUCCCCCAGUGCAUCCCAGUCUCUCCCAGUGCAUCCCAGUCUCUCCCAAUGUAUCCCAGCUUCUCCCAGUCCAUCCCAGCCUCUCCCAGUGCAUUCCAGCUUCCUCCAGUGCAUCCCAGCCUCUCCCAGUGCAUCCCUGCCGCUCCCAGUGCAUCGCAGCCUCUGCCAGUGCAUCCCAGGCUCUCCCAGUGCAUCUCAGCCUCUCCCAGUACAUCCCAAUCUCUCCCAGUACAUCCCAGCCUCUCAUAGUGCAUCCCAGCCUCUCCCAGUACAUCCCAGCCUCUCCCAUUGCAUCCUAGCCUCACCCAGUGCAUCCUUGCCUCUCCCAGUGCAUCCCAGCCUCUCCCAGUGCAUCCCAGCCUCUCCCACUGUAUCCCAGCCUCCCCCAGUGUAUCCCAGUCUCUCCCAGUGCAUCCCAGUCUCCCAGUGUAUCCCAGCUUCUCCCAGUCCAUCCCAGCCUCUCCCAGUGCAUUCCAGCUUCUUCCAGUGCAUCCCAGCCUCUCCCAGUGCAUCCCAGACUCAGUAUAUGUAGGAUGUCUAUGUAUAUGUAUAUGGCGAACUGGCAACUGUGGGACCCGCGGCCACCAGCGGCGCCCGUGAGUCGCGCCGCGACAGUGGCAAUUGCACCACGACCAGCAUACGGGGUAGAUGUGCUGUUCUUGUAUCAGUCAAUAAAGGCAGACAACGGCAGCUGGCGUCUCUCUUCACAAGCCCUCUAACAUGGCGCAGUGACCUCGAAGCUACGUACUGCUCAUCAUGCCGUUGCCACGUCGCCUUGGUGCAACUCCGCGAGGCCGCCGGAGUCCUGCAGCAGGCAGUGUUCCCGUCGCUGGUCUUUCAAGCUCAGUCUGCUUUCUUGGCACAGCAGCAGGCCAUCGCAUCACUGCAAGCCAGCCUGGCGUCACUUUCUGCCACUGGCCAGCGUCCCUCUGGAAAGGCUCCCGCAGGGGUCACGCCGGAGAAAUGCAUGCUGGAGAUGUCCUCGGCAGGCUUUAGGACAUGGCGGCGCUCGGUGGAGGCAUGGCUGUCCCUCUCAAGAUGGCCGGACCAGGAAGCCGUGCUCCACAUCCGCCUGUUGUGUGUGGCUGACCUGCAGCGCGCCCUGGACGUAAAGUUCACUACAGAUGAGUGGCAAGCCUCGUCUAAGAAGGACGCCCUGGAUGCCAUAGGGAAGAUUGUGUUGCGGGCAUCGAAUCAGGCAGUGCGCUGGUCUGACUUCUUUAGUGUUUGUCAGGCCGUCGACGAGCCUGUCAGUGCUUUUUUCGUGCGGUGUGCCCAGCGCGCCGUGGAUUGUGAAUUCCAGUGCCCGCAAUGUGAGUGCGACCUCUCAGAGUAUAUACUUCUGCGCAAAGUGUUGGUAGGUCUGAGUGACUCGGCCCUAAAACAAGAGGUGUUUAGACAGUGUCAUAUAUUUGGUGAUAUGGAGAGCCUUAGGGCCUUUUGUGUCUCGUUUGAGGCGGCGCGCCGGGACGCCACCUCCAUGCAUGGCGGGAAAAACUCGCGCGAAUGUGAGUUGGCGGGCACUGACGUCACGCCUGAUGACGUCAGCGACGAUGACGUCACCUCUCCCCAGCCCAUGGUUGCCGCCUCCCGCCACCCUGCCAGAGACCCCCACAAGUCGUGCCGCUGGUGUGGGUAUAGGCAUGCUCCGGGUAGAGCCUCCUGCCCCGCGCAGCAUGCCACUUGUGUUGCGUGCGGGAAGCCUGGGCACUUUAAGAGGAGGUGCAAGAGCUCCGGGAAACGUGAGGCUGGUAAGGCUGUCAAUAGUGUGACCGUCGGCGCCGCCGGUAUCGCCCCAGAGCCACUCCUGCAGGUGCAGUUGGUCCCACAGGUGGGAGGCCAAGCUUGCACCACUACAGCGGUGGCUGACACGGGGGCCCAGGUGUGCGUGGCUGGCCCAGCCCUGAUGUCUUCGCUCGGUCUUCGGCCUGCGCUGUUGCAGCGUCGGGCUGGCCUCAGAGACCUGGCCAAGAUACCAUUGGCUAGCCUUGGAGCAGCGCCCUGCCACAUCAGCCUCCCAGGACGCUCAACACUGCAGGAGGUGCACUUUGUAAAGUCAGUGGAGCGCCUGUAUCUCUCAUGCACUGCCUGUAAGGAGUUGAGGCUGGUGCACAGCGGCUUCCCUCACCCACAGUCGUAUGUUGCUGCUGCAGAGACUACGGAAGGCCUCUCCGACUGCCCCCCGACCAGACCUUCCUCGCUGCCGCUGCCACCACUGGAGGAGAACAUUCCCCGUCUGGAGGAAUGGUUGCUGGGGCAGUUCUCGUCUACAGCAUUCAACACUGACAGGAACCCGCUACCCGUCAUGGAAGGUGCUCCGCAUCACAUUCACCUGCUGGAUGGCGCGCAGCCCCACGCCUGCCACACCCCUGCUUCAGUUCCCAAGCACUGGAGGGCUGAGGUUAAGCAACAACUCGACGAUGACGUCAAAAGAGGCGUGAUUCGCCCUGUUCCCGCGGGCGAGGCCACGGAAUGGUGUGCGCGUAUGGUGGUGGUGGCCAAAAAGUCUGGCAAGCCGCGAAGGACUGUGGACUUCCAGAGGCUAAAUGCAUGGUGCCGCCGAGAAACACACCACACGCCCGCGCCUUUCGACAUGGUGUCAGACAUCCCCCCACACUCCUAUAAGACUGUGAUGGACGCUCACUGGGGAUUCCACCAAGUCGAGCUUGAUGAAGAAAGCAGGAGUCUGACGACCUUCAUUACUCCCUGGGGUCGCUAUCAGUACUGCAGAACACCUAUGGGGCACUGCUCGGCAACAGAUGCAUACACGAAGAGAUUCGAUGAUGCCAUCAUGGAUUUUCCCCGGAAGCAUAAGUGCAUCGAUGACACUCUGCUCUAUGAUGCCAGCAUUGAGGAGGCCUUCUGGCACACCUUUGACUUCCUUGAGCUGUGCGCCCGGAAGGGCAUCACUCUGAAGCCAGAGAAGUUUCAGUUCUGUCGUCGUGAGGCAGAGUUCGUUGGCUUCCAUCUCGACUGGGUCACCUACAGGCCUGCAGAUGAACGCCUGGCUGCCAUACGGAAGUUCUCCAUGCCUGAACAGCCCUCCAUCACUGAUGUGAGGUCUUGGUAUGGAUUCGUGAAUCAACUGGCACCCUUCCUUGCAACAGCCCCCAUUAUGGAGCCCUUCCGGGACCUACUUAAGAAGCCUACUGGCAAGAAGGUGUACUGGGACGAGCAGCUGCGGCAGAAGCUCGAACAGGCAAAGGACACGAUAUGUCUGCUGGCUAAGGACGGACUGACUUACUACGACCGUACCCGGCCCACUGCUGUGAUGACUGACUGGAGCAAGGAGGGGCUAGGCUUCGUCAUCCUCCAGCAACACUGCCGUUGUUCAGCUGUGGAUGCACCAUUCUGCUGUAAGACUGGCUGGCGCCUGGCGCUGUGUGGCAGCCGUCACCUAACAGCUGCUGAGGCAGGUUACGCUCCAGUGGAAGGUGAGGCGCUCGCCGUGGCUUGGUGUCUCCGUAAGGCUCGCCUGUUCUUGUUGGGCUGCCCUAACUUGAUGCUGGUGACGGACCACCGCCCCCUGGUCAAGCUUCUGGGUGAUCGAGCGCUCACGGACAUAGUGAACCCGCGGCUGUUCCGCCUGAAGGAGAGGACACUCCAGUACCGCAUCACUGUCCGUUACCUGCCCGGUAAAAGGAACUGUGCAGCCGACUUCCUCUCAAGAUACCCCGCACUCAAAGCGUCACCACAUUAACAGUAUAUCUAAAACAAUUAUUCCCUGUAAAAACACUGUAAAUUAUUAUUGUACAGGGGAGUUUCAAUGGGUAACUAAAGUAAAUUCCCCCUAGCAGUACUGAACGUAAUUGUGCGUUACCUCUCAAUAGAAAACAUUUUAUGCGAGUCUCCCUUCUAAUACUCCGAAAUGGCUCUCGUUUUCUUUCCGCCCCGGUAGUUUUAAGGGGAAGCUUCACUAAAUUGAGUAAAUUAUUCCCGUUUUCUUUCCAACAGUGCCUCGAGGUGCCAGUCAUUUAUGAAGUGUAUGAAAGCAGAAACGGGUCUCCAGAAUAUGAUUUUUGCCCAAGAUCUUCCCUUCAGGUGAGUCUGAUGAUGACGAUGAUACUAUUACUGCUGCUGCUGCUGCUGCUGCUGCUGCUGCUGCUGCUGCUGCUGCUGCUGCUGCUGCUGCUGCUACUACUACUACUACUACUACUACUACUACUACUACUACUACUACUACUACUACUACUACUACUGCUGCUGCUGCUGCUGCUGCUGCUGCUGCUGCUGCUGCUGCUGCUGCUGCUGCUGCUGCUGCUGCUGCUGCUGCUGCUGCUGCUGCUGCUGCUGCUGCUGCUACUACUACUACUACUACUACUACUACUACUACUAUCUUUGCAGACCUCUUUGGACUAUUUCGUGUCCAUCCAUGUCAGAGCAGGACCGCAAAGAAGACCGGCUGGCUGGCUACCGGGUGAGA